UCGGUCACGUGACGCAUAAAUUAUACGUAAGAGGCGGGAAUCUCAACGGCAGUCGUCUGCAGUGAGCAUUGUUUGAGGAAGGCGGCAGUCAGAGUUCUCCCACGUUCGUUGAGAUUUUCUAGAGUUCAUACCCUAAACCCCAUCAUGCCUGGAACAAAGUCAGAAGUUGAGGUUGACACCACCCAAACCGAGACAGAAACCGUCGAGGUUAAGAAAACAGUCGAGGAUGUGAAGGCACAGAAAGACGCCGCCAACGAGGCCACAGAGGCUAAGGAAGAGACCGAGGAGAAGGAAGAGACUGAGAAGGAAGCCGAGAAAGAGGAGGAGAACACAAAUCAAAAUGCCAGUGAACAGAGCGAAGAGGUAGAAUCUUCAGAGGCCUCAACAGAAACCACAGCAGAAAAGAGGAGUUCAGAGGAGAAUGGCGAAGAGGAGAGUCCGACCAAGAAAGUUAAAAAGGAUACAUCAGAGGAAAAAGAAGAAUCACAGGAAAAGGAAUCUGCCUAAGUUCGUGUUUCUGGAGAGUGAAUAUGUGUCUCUCAUUGACUGUUUUGUGACUGUAAACAUGAGAUCAAGUUGUAAAAUUCUUCAUGUUUCAUUUUUAGUUCAUGUUCAUGUAAUAAAUCAUUAUUUAAAUUCA